AGAACAAACCUAUGGUAUAAUAAUAUGUUUCAUGUAAUCUUCGUGUGUAUUAUUAUUUGGUCGCUAAUCAGGUAUGAAUCGGUUUGCCACCUGUGAUCGGUGUUUUGUAUAUACAUAUAAGUGACUUUUAUAUUUAUACGCGCAUUUUUAUAAUAUACAUUCUAUAAAGAUUUCUGAAGAUAUUGAAGAUUAUCACCAUUAAUUAUGAACAACAAUAUUAUAAUGAACAAUGUAUCAACUGGUAUGGGAACUAAGAAGAAGAACAAGACGACGAAACAGCUUGCUUCAAACACCGAACGUAAAGCGUCCGGAUCUAAUUGGGAGAUGUACAAGAACUUGUUUUCCAAACCAAACAUAGAGGAAGGUCAUGCCCCACAGAAUAGGCAUUCAAAAUCUAAAAAAGUACAUGUUACUUUGCUACAUACAAAUCGAUUGGAGGAGAACACUGAAUACAAUGAUGUCAAGAAUAAAGAGAAUAAAACUUUGACGAAACAUAUUGCCAUGGAUUGCGAGAUGGUUGGAAUUGGUGAUGGCACGGAGAGCAUGUUAGCUCGGAUAUCGAUUGUAAAUAAACAUGGUUUUUGCUUAUAUGACAAAUAUGUUAAGCCGAGAGAGAAAGUUGUAGAUUAUAGAACAGCAGUCAGUGGAAUACGACCAGAACAAUUGCAAAAUGGAGAAGAUUUUAAUAUUGUACAGAAGGAAGUAGCAGAUAUGUUAAAGGGUCGGAUUCUCGUGGGUCACGCGUUGAAGCACGAUCUUAACGUAUUGUUCUUGUCGCAUCCGCGAAGAUAUUGGCGAGACACCUCGAAAUACAAACCCUUUCGCCAAAUAUCAAAGGGAAAUACUCCCAGUUUGAAGAAACUUGCACAUGAAUUGUUAGGUAGAGAGAUACAAGUGGGCGAACACAGUUCUGUGGAAGACGCGAGAGCGGCAAUGCAGUUGUAUAUGUUGUACAAGAAUAAAUGGGAAUCGGAGAAAAAGGGGCGUUGGUGAGCAAUCUUUCAUAUUCAUAAAAAGAACUUCCAUCUCGAAACACAUUUUUAUUUAACAGUAAGAGAAUUCUGUACAAAAACGACACAAUGUAACUUAUUUACAUUUAUUCAACUAAUUAUUGUCGAUCCGUGAAGAUUUCACGAAAUAUCUUUAUAAGUUAAGUACACCUUUGUAAUGUAUAUAUUUAUAAUCUAUAUAAUAAAAUAAAUUGUAUUUUAAA